UCAUUAGCGGAAAGUGCAAAAAAACUAGUGUUAAAUCAAAAUUUGCCACAAAUCUUUCACUUUUAUGGAAAAAAGUUGUCAUUAUUAAAGUCAGAGUAUAUAUACAAAAAAAAAAAAAACAAAAUGGAGAACACGGUGCAAAUUUCAUCUAAGACCAGCGACAGUAGCUCUGAACUUUUUAACAUUGAAUUGUCUGAAGGGAUUAGCGACUUUGUUGUCCAGUUUGAUGUCCUACAUGAUAGACGGCCAUCUGUGGAGCCUUUAAGUCUACAAAGUUGGAAUGGGGUCAAUAUAAAUUCGCACAUAGAUGUCACGCAAGCGAUAUUAAAACAGCUCGAAAAUUCUAAUCAAGAGACUGCAUUUCUCAAUAUACUACAACAUUUACUGAGCAUUGAUUCUAAACAUGAUUCAGCCAACAUUAUAUGGAAUACCAUAGAAAAGUUAGUUCACCGUGCAAAGUUAAUAGAAAAUCAAUAUGAUUCCGAAUGUUUGCUUAGAGGCGCCAUAGAGCAUAAGUUAACAUGUCCAAAUUGCAAUUAUAAUGAUGACCGUUGCUCGACCUCAAUCUUGUCCAAUCCGCCACGUGAAACAAAGACAACAUCCGCAUCGACCACACAGCAAUUGCUAGCUCAGCCUCCUUCGCUGCAGGGAAUCCCACCGCCACCUACGCAAGCAGUACAAUCUAUGUCCCCACCACCGCCACCUUUUAUGCCACCUCCGCCAUCUAUGACCGGAAUUCCACCUCCCCCACCAGCUUUUAUGCCACCUCCGCUAUCUAUGACCGGAAUGCCACCUCCCCCACCUAUGCUUGGAUUAGCACCUCCGCCCCCUAUACCUGGUAUGCCACCCCCACCACCACCAGGAGCUCCACGCAAUACUUUAAAUUCCUUAUUGCCACACCAAAAUAUACCACGUCCAAUAAAAAAAAUGAAGACCCUUAAUUGGAGUAAAAUUCCGCCAAUAAAAAUUCUUGGAAAACAAAAUAUGUGGACCAUUAUGAACAACAUACAGCCUCAGUGUAUUGAUUUUCAAGAACUGGAAGAGUUAUUCUGCCUACAAACCAAAACGGAGGUGGCAAAAUGUUCCGACAAUGUUGACGGCAAGUCGAAAAAGGACACGACCACCAUUCAUCUAAUCGAUGGAAAAAGAAGUUUAAACAUAAACAUUUUUCUAAAACAAUUCAAAGGAUACGAUACAAAUGAUGCUAUUAUCACACUCCUAACUAACGCAAAUCAUAAAGCCAUUGGACCAGAGAGAUUAAAAGGACUUUUAAAACUUCUGCCAGAGGCCGAAGAAAUUGAGACUUUGAAAAGUUUCGACGGCAAUCAUCAACGCUUGGGGAGCGCUGAAAAGUUUUUACUUAUGCUGAUUAAAAUUCCAAACUAUAAGUUGAGAAUUGAAUGUAUGCUACUAAAAGAAGAGUUUGCAGCAAAUAUCACCUAUCUAGAACCCUUGAUAAAUGCGGUCAUUGAAGCUGGCAAUGAACUGAUUAGCAAUAAGACACUGAUUGAUAUCAUCUACAUAGUAGUGACUGCCGGAAACUUUCUAAAUUCUGGAGGAUACGCUGGAAAUGCAGUCGGAGUUAAGCUGUCUUGCCUUACACAACUGACUGACAUACGUGCCAAUAAGCCCGGUGUCAAUUUAAUGCACUUUGUGACAACACAAAUUGAAAAAUGCAAUCCAGAUCUUUUACACUUUACGGACGAUCUUAAAUUCUUAGACAAUGUUUCCAAAAUUAAUCUUGAACAGAUAUCAAAUGAUAUAAAGGAUCUGGAGAUGCAGUUGCAAAAAAUUCAAAUACAGGUUGAACAGCCCAAUAUUGAUAAACCCAUCAAGGAUCAGAUGGAUGAAUUUUUGCAGAAUGCCAAGGACAAAAUCAAUCAAUUAAAAUUAUCUAUGGAUCAGGUGGAAUCAAUACGAUUGAAGGUUGCUGAUUUCUUUUGUGAAGAUGCACCAAAAUUUCGUUUGGAUGAAUGUUUCAAAGUAUUUUCAUCUUUUUGUGCGAAUUUUUUAGCGAGUCUCAAGGAAAAUGAAAAACGCCUGGAAACGGAAAGAAAAAUCCAGUUGCGACAAAAAGAAAGGGAUAACCUAAUGAAACUGAAGAGCACAUUGAGUUAUUCAAAAAGCUUCCCAGCAACAAAGCGAAAAAAAACAAGAAUCAGUUCGCUUGACUCAAAGACAAUACGAAUUGAAGUAACCGGUUCAACGGUCCAUCCCGAGCAUAAAGAUGACUCGUCCAAAUAUAAAGAUGAACUCAUGGAUUAUUUGGCAAACAAUUCCAACAAUGCCCAAAUACCGAAGCGUAAAACCCGCAUUGGAAUUUCAGUGAAAAGGAGCAUUGGGUCUGAAAGGGAGUACUCCGUUAUGUCAGCAGCAUAUGAGAAAGGAGAAGUUGAACCCGUUAUUGAUGGUUCUAAACUGCCAACGCCCAUUUCUGAGCAGUUAACUAUAGCAGAGAUAACGCAAACUGGAGAAGAGGACAGACAACGCACUAGGCCUCAUUGUAAAAUUUUUCAGAGAAGCCAUUCUCUUCAAAUCGAAACAGAUUUGGAAACCUUGCCAGAAGGCAAAUGCUUCGAUGGCAAACAAAAAUAUGGGCGAUUCACUUCGGUCGCUGAAAAUAGAACAUUGAAAAACGUUGAGCUUAAGCAACCGAUCUUUUUUUUUGAGGAGACUACCCAAAAACUGCAGAAGGUAACUGAUGAAUUGCAUAAAGAGGAUGGUGCUGCACUUGCUAAUAUUUCAAUCAAGCCCAUCUCACCUGUUUGUGACACCAAAAACAUAGAAGUAAAGCGUGAAUCCGUUGCAAGACGGACAAUACGCCAAAAGGAGCUACCAAAACUGGAUGUUUCAAAAAAACUUCCUAUAGAUGAGGCACCGCAGAGGGCGACGUCAGUUAACAUUGGUGGUGUAUCGGCAGAUCUCACACGUCGCCCAAUCUCACUUGGAACCUUGACCCAUGUGGUAGUGGCAGGAAAGCGCUUCCGUGGUCUUAACCAAGACGGCUUACGUGCAACUUUAAAAAGCUUAAAAACACCAGUUACAGUUCCAGAUUGCAUUUGGGGUGCUCACAACGAAAGACUAAAUUCAAUGCGCGGAAGCAGUAUUAUAGAUGCUUCAGAGUUCACAUUUCCAAAUGAAACAACUACGGAAUAUAACAAUGGCAAUGAGGAUGAGGAUGAUGAUGAUGUAUUUGAAAAAACUACAGAAUUGGAGAAAGUUGACUCGAAAGGAACUUCAAUGAAUAAAUCUAACAUCGAAAAAGGCAUUGCUUCCAAGAUACAAAAUGGUAAAUCGAUCGAUAAAGUAAAUGUAGAAGUGUCACAGCAAGAAGCAAAGACGAAUUUAAUUCAAUUGAUCGAUAGUAACCUACAGUGGACAUCCCCGAGCAAUGCUUGUAAAACAUCAGAAAAAAUUACCAAAGAUUCUAGUCCAACAUCAGUGUUAUCAAAUGACAAUUUUAAUACACAUAUUUUAUCAUUUCAAGAACAGCCAGCAGAUGGUCUUCAUAGCUACUUGAACCAUAAUCAUCAUCACCCAGUUAUGGGUGAAGAUGAUCCUAAAAAAACCAAUUAUUGUGGUAGUCAAAGUUCAUUAAACUUGUCAAACCUCAAACAUAUGGCAUCUGCCAAUAGCAAAGGGGAUUCUGGGGAGAAUAUUCAAUUUAGCCUGAACAAUAUCAAUGGACGGCUGACGGCUCAAGCGCAACAAGGGGGAGACCUUAAAGCGCCCCCUAACAUUAACUUGGGACCACAAUGCAAACAAGACAUGGUUGAACCAAACAAUUUUUGCGAAUCCAUUAAAGACAAUGCUCAUGCAACACCAAUGGACUCAAAGGAGAUCAUGGGCCACAUAUCGAUUAUGAGAAAUAAGCAAAUUGAUGACAUUGAUGUAAACAGGGUUAAAAGCGACACUCUUUCAAAUCAAUACGCACCAUCUCUAGACUUCGUUAAUGACAAAACAACGGCAAAACCAAGCAAAUCAAAUAAUAAGAUGGCCAAUAAGAAUAUUUUCAAUGAAAAUAUAACGCAAGACGAUCAGUACCACAAUUUCAUAGCAAACGAAUUCCAUGACACGAAUUUUGAGCAGGCAAACGAGAACCGAAAUGAACUUGCAAAGACAAUUGUGGGGGUACAACCAAAUCUUUCAAACAAAUCAGAACAUGGAGUGCUUCUAAAAAAAUCUUCAAAAAGUCACCAAAGAAUUGAUCAAGCCGAAGGCCAUACCUAUAAAAAACUACCAGAUAUUGUUCCAAAGGCGAAUUGCCAAAACGAUUCAUCGGCACCAAGAAAUUCUGAAGCUAAUCAUCCGCUUCAAGCCAAUGAUGUUGCCUUGAAUGGUGAUUCAGACAAAGUCCAGACAAAUUCAAACGAACAGCAGACUUCGUCACCAACCCCAGUAAAACGAUUACCCAAAGCUGAUAAUGCAGACAAAAAAUCAUGCGACUCCACAACUGGCCGCUUUAAAUUAAAACUUUUUUCAAACAAAGCUAAGCCCAUCGCCAAGAAGGAAAAUAAAAUUCAGUCUUCUUCCACCAACAAAGAACUUUCAAAGCCUACACAGCAACCAGCACCUAAAACUUCGACAUUGAAAAAACUCUCAUCAAGUUGGGCGCAAAAACUGAACUUGACCAAAUCAAAAGAUGAUGCCAAUGCAAGCAGGAGUACAACUAUUAAUACACCCAACAAGCGCACCUCAUCCGAUCGCCAUAACAGUUUUCGAUCUUCUCGGACGUCUAGCGUAAGUUCUGCAACAGUAAGCAUUAACGGUGCCACAAUGAGAGCGCGCUUUUCAAAAAAUUCCUCAAAGCCCAUUGCUGUGGCGCAAAACAGGCGAAACACUAAUGCCUCCGAUGCCUUUAAGACGUCCCCCAAAUUCAAAGAUAAAAACGUAGACAGCAGCACUAGCUCUAAUCGAAGCAAAGGCGUUUACAUUGAGAAACGAUCCUCGUUAACAUGUCUUAAUAGAGACAGUUUUAAAACAUCAACUCCUUUCAAUUCUGUUAGCACAAACAAUUCUACGACUACUACCGCAAAGAAUGUUUCCCAUGGAAACACUUUCACCUCUACGUCACAGAGGAAUAUCAGCAACAAUUCUCAUAUCCAGAGAGGUUCCUUAAGUGCGUCAAAAAAUUCAAACUCCAGACAACAAAGCACAAUUUCUACCUAUUACCCAUUGAGCUCAAAGUCCAAAAACGAUUUGUCAGCAACUACGAGCAUUCCUAACUCCCCACAAAGAAGUUUAAAUGUACAUAGUAGUUCAAUAUUGACUCCAAAAUCAAAACCAGGUUCCCGCUGGAAAUAAUGGAUUAUUGACUACUGAAACAGUGCCAAAUACUUAUAUAGUUAAAAAUAUUUCUCAUUUUAUUAGCUCAAGCCUCUUAUUGGCUAAGGGACUACAUUUCAGUUUAUUUUAUCACUGGCCAAACAAAAACAAAACGCCAAAUCCUGCUAAAACAAUUAGUUUCAAAAAUGAAAAUAACUAUUAAAUUUAUUCACUAAUUUGCAAUUUAAUUAAAUUCAUUGAGACUUGUGCCCUUAAUUGCAUAAUUUAUAUAACACCAUGGCAAUCCUGGAGACAGAUGUACUACAUAAAGGCUGGUACUAUGUUCGUUGUUAACCGUCGAAAACCCAUGUUUUUCGCUAUUACUUUUUUGAAGCACUGCACAAAUAACAAUUUUACUAAAAUUUUAUCAUAUCUAAUGAGGAAAUGUCCUACUGAGUGAAAUCAGCCGGUUAGUUUUUGCCCUAAAAUCUAUUAUUAAAAACAAAAAAUGACUGGCGAAAAAUAUCGCGAAAAACUUGAUUGUACUUGAUAGUUGUCACUUCUCUAAAAUUAUUACUGCACUACACUGUAUUGUACUGAAUAGGGAUAUCUAACACUAGCAGAAAUUGUAUGUUUAAUUAUUUCGUUAGCGCCUUAGCAAUU